AUUUAAGCAUUUAUUCCACUGGGAUAGAGGAGACCGGAGCAGCGCUGGCACCAAAAAACCAUGGCUGGGAUUGUAUAUUUCUUCACCGUCUUGCCGCUUCUCUUUGGGAUUUGCGAGGGGGUUACCGGCUCUCGGGUAUAUCCAGCCAACGAAGUUACCUUAUUGGAUUCCAGAUCUGUUCAGGGUGAACUUGGGUGGAUAGCAAGCCCGUUGGAAGGAGGGUGGGAGGAAGUGAGUAUUAUGGAUGAGAAAAACACUCCGAUCCGCACUUAUCAAGUCUGCAACGUGAUGGAGUCCAGUCAGAACAACUGGUUACGAACUGAUUGGAUUCCCCGCGAAGGGGCUCAGAGGGUUUAUAUUGAAAUCAAGUUCACACUCAGAGACUGCAACAGCUUGCCAGGUGUCAUGGGGACUUGCAAAGAGACUUUUAACCUCUACUACUACGAGUCGAGCAACGAUAAGGAGCGCUUUAUCCGCGAGAGCCAGUUUGCUAAGAUUGACACCAUCGCGGCCGACGAGAGCUUCACUCAGGUGGACAUUGGAGACCGGAUCAUGAAGCUCAACACUGAGAUCCGCGACGUGGGGCCCCUGAGCAAGAAGGGAUUUUAUCUGGCUUUCCAAGAUGUCGGCGCUUGCAUUGCCUUAGUGUCUGUCCGCGUUUUCUACAAGAAGUGCCCGCUGACAGUCCGUAACCUGGCCCAGUUUCCGGACACGAUCACCGGGGCAGACACGUCCUCUCUGGUGGAAGUUCGCGGCUCUUGUGUGAACAAUUCCGAAGAGAAGGAUGUGCCAAAGAUGUACUGCGGGGCAGAUGGUGAAUGGCUGGUACCCAUUGGCAACUGCCUGUGCAAUGCUGGGUAUGAAGAGCACAAUGGAGAAUGCCAAGCUUGCAAGAUUGGAUACUACAAAGCCCUCUCAACAGAUGUUGCCUGUGCUAAGUGCCCGCCUCACAGUUUCUCCAUCUUGGAAGGUUCCACCUCUUGCACCUGUGACCCGGGUUUUUUCCGAGCAGAGAACGAUGCUGCCUCCAUGCCCUGCACACGCCCUCCAUCUGCCCCCCAGAACCUGAUUUCCAAUGUCAACGAGACAUCCGUCAACUUGGAAUGGAGCCCUCCUCAGAACAAAGGUGGCCGCGAGGAUGUUUCCUAUAAUGUGGUAUGCAAGAGAUGUGGAGCCAAUGAUCUGAACCGCUGCCGGUCCUGUGGGAGUGGUGUACACUUCAGCCCUCAGCAGAAUAGCUUGAAAACCACCAAGGUUUCUAUUACUGACCUUUUGGCACACACAAACUACACCUUUGAAAUCUGGGCGGUGAAUGGAGUAUCCAAGCAGAAUCCUAGUUCGGACCAAGCUGUAUCUGUCACUGUGACUACAAACCAAGCAGCUCCAUCUCAAAUUGCUUUGAUCCAAGCUAAAGAAAUAACGAGGCACAGUGUGGCACUGGCUUGGCUGGAACCUGACAGGCCGAAUGGAGUCAUCUUGGAAUAUGAAGUCAAAUAUUAUGAAAAGGACCAAAAUGAACGCAGCUAUCGCAUUGUGAAAACGGCUGCCAGAAACACUGAUAUCAAGGGCUUGAAUCCGUUGACUUCAUAUGUCUUCCAUGUGAGAGCAAGGACAGCAGCUGGCUAUGGAGACUUUAGUGGACCCUUUGAGUUCACAACCAACACUGUCCCGUCUCCCAUCAUUGGCGAAGGUACCAACCCCACAGUCCUUCUGGUCUCCGUGGCUGGCAGUGUUGUCCUUGUGGUCAUUCUCAUUGCUGCCUUUGUCAUCAGCAGGAGACGGAGCAAGUAUAGUAAGGCCAAGCAAGAAGCAGAUGAGGAGAAACAUUUGAAUCAAGGUGUUAGAACGUAUGUUGAUCCCUUUACAUAUGAGGACCCCAACCAAGCUGUGCGAGAAUUUGCCAAAGAAAUUGAUGCUUCCUGCAUAAAGAUUGAAAAAGUCAUUGGUGUCGGUGAAUUUGGUGAAGUUUGCAGUGGCCGUUUGAAGGUGCCGGGAAAGAGGGAGAUCUGUGUUGCUAUCAAGACACUGAAAGCUGGAUACACAGACAAACAAAGAAGGGACUUCUUGAGUGAGGCCAGUAUCAUGGGACAAUUUGACCAUCCCAACAUCAUCCACUUGGAAGGGGUGGUUACAAAAUGCAAACCAGUCAUGAUCAUAACUGAGUACAUGGAGAAUGGUUCUUUGGAUGCCUUCCUCAGGAAGAACGAUGGCAGAUUUACUGUAAUCCAGCUGGUAGGAAUGCUUCGAGGCAUUGGCUCUGGGAUGAAGUAUUUGUCUGACAUGAGCUACGUACAUCGGGAUCUGGCUGCUCGAAACAUACUAGUGAACAGCAACUUGGUCUGUAAAGUUUCUGACUUUGGCAUGUCUCGUGUUCUGGAAGAUGACCCCGAAGCAGCCUACACUACCAGGGGUGGGAAGAUUCCCAUCAGGUGGACUGCACCAGAAGCAAUUGCCUAUCGUAAAUUUACAUCAGCUAGUGAUGUCUGGAGUUAUGGAAUUGUAAUGUGGGAAGUGAUGUCCUAUGGAGAGAGGCCUUAUUGGGAUAUGUCCAAUCAAGAUGUUAUCAAAGCCAUCGAGGAAGGGUAUCGGCUGCCGCCCCCGAUGGACUGCCCCAUUGCUCUCCAUCAGUUGAUGUUGGACUGCUGGCAGAAGGAACGCAGUGACAGGCCUAAAUUUGGACAGAUUGUCAACAUGCUAGACAAACUCAUCCGCAACCCCAACAGCUUAAAGAGGACAGGCUCCGAAAACUCCAGACCUAAUACAGCUCUGUUGGAUCCAAGUUCUCCUGAAUUCUCAGCCGUAGUUUCUGUUGGCGAUUGGCUCCAAGCUAUUAAGAUGGAGCGAUACAAGGAUAACUUCACAGCUGCCAGCUACACUACCCUAGAGGCUGUGGUGCAUAUGAACCAGGACGACCUGGCAAGAAUUGGAAUUACCGCCAUUGCACACCAGAAUAAGAUUCUGAGCAGUGUGCAGGCAAUGAGGACCCAAAUGCAACAGAUGCACGGAAGAAUGGUUCCCGUUUGAGCCAGUACUGAAUGAACUCAAAACUCUUGAAAUUAGUUUACCUCAUCCAUGCACUUUAAUUGAAGAACUGCACUUUUUUUACUUCUCCUCGCCAUUUGAAAUAAUAAUAAUAAUAAUUAAUAAUAAUUAAAAAAAAAAAAAGAUUUGCAGCGUCGAUUGAUAUAUAAAGUUUGCCGGGAGUGUUGCGGGGAGGGGAACUACAGAAAUGACAGCCCGUCAUUUGUGAACAGGCCUGGAACAAAUUUAUUUCUUGGAAUAUACUUCUGUGUUGAUCGACAUUAUGUAAUAUACAUGUAUCUAUAUAACAUCACAUACAAAUUCUGAUGCUGUGUUUGCUGCCAGAUACUGUGCUUAAACGAAGGAAGGUACUGUUGUUCCCUCAACAGCCACUGGGAUUACAAUCAUUGUGUUUGGUCUGUGGGGUAAACCACAAUUAUUCACCUUUUAUUGGAAUGAAGAAUCUUCUGUACCAAGACAUGUUGGCAUAUUCUGAGCAUCAACGGUACCUUGCAGAAACCUUGAGGGAAAAUAUCCUAUGGGCUGAUCAGUGCCUCUCAAUCGAAGAUUUGCCCACUUCCAAGCUGAGACGGAGAGCAAUCUUUAUGGAUUACUGGAUUAUUAUUUUUUUUGAGGCUGGAGAGUUGCUUGAGGCUUAUACCGAUCAUCAUUUUUGAACUCACAUAAGUCAGCCAUUCUUGACUGUGGAUCUUCCAGACUUGCAUCCUUUUGCCCUUCUAAGAGACAAUUGAUUGUGCAACAUUGAAAAGGGAAAAUGGAUCCUGCUUUCUUGGACUCAGCCCUUCCUGGUGCCCAUGUUGGCCUUGGAGGAGAACAGGCCAGAGACAAAAGCCUUCCAGUGUCCCGGUUUACUCAGCACUGAAGAUGGACUACAUAAGCAGCAUUGCUCCCUGAAGAGUGUCUCUUUGGCUUUCUUCUUUUAUUCUAUUUUUUCUUUUCCUUUUUUUGUUGUCAGCAACAAAACUGAAAGAUGAAAUGGCCCAGAUGCGGCUCUUUCAUUGCCACUUGAGGAAUGUACUGUAUCAAAGCCCUACAGACUUCUCUUUCCUCGCUCCAUUUAUUUAAUUUUUGUGUAAGUGCGUGUUCUCUCUUCUUUUUUUUCUCCUGCAUGUCACUGCUGCAUCGGUAUGAGUGCAAGUAGCAGAGCUCUACAUGUCAUAACGAUGGACGCCAGGGUUAGGUGCCGUAGCACAGAGCCCAGUUCACAAAAGCUGAGACUGCAUGGGACAGUGAAGUGAUCCUUUACAGGGGAAAAAAAAGUGUGCCAUUGUGAUAAUAUCAAUAUUUUUUAAUAGAAUGGAAAAUAACUUAUUAUCUCUUCCGGGAAUGUGUGAGUGUACGUAUGGCCUUGGGUGUGUGGGUGUGUGCUUCUGUGUUGCCUGUUGCCCAGGGCCACCUGUGAACAUGCAGAUAGCAUCUCAGAGAACUUGGCGGUUGUUGCUGAGCUGUUGAGUUUCCAGGCCAGUAGGUGAGCUAUGCAACGGUGACGAGAAAACACACACACUCCUGAAUGUUACAGUCCUGUAUCUAUUCAUGUAUUAUGUAGCUGCCACACUAACCUUAACAAAUAGUUAUUCAGCCUAGAGCAGGGGCGCCUUCACUCGAGUUGUGGAGUGAUCCAUUGUGAGUUCCAUAACUGUGAUAAAGAAUUCGAUCGAUGACCAUUAGUCUUGUCGAGGCCUGUUCAUUAUCGAAGCAGCGGUACCUUAAGGGGGAAAGUAGGUGGAGAUGAAGUCUUCAUCCAUCAGCGGGUUGUUUUGAACUGAACUAUUAAAUAGCCUUUUUUUCUUCCCCCGCCCUGGAAAAAAAAAGCUUUGAGAGACUUGAUGAACACAAACAGAAAUAUGCAAUCCUUAUCCAUUCACAGAAGUAAAUUAUUCAGUGUGCCACCUGCAAGGAGUUUGGGGCCCAUGAAUGAUUGUUGAGCAAACUGUUUUAUUUUCUCCCAAGUUAAAGAAUACAAAAGGUUUUGAAGGUUUAAGCAAGGGAUUUGCAAAAAAAAACAAAAACCCCUUUCAUGUUCCUCUCAUAGGUAAACUGCAAUACAGUUUGCAAUAAGUGGUAAUGACCUAUCAGUCCUAUCUAGGAAAGUUUACGGAGUCUGGAGAGUUCACUGUUAAUUUUCUGAAGACUGUUCUUGGAGGCGAGCUGAAUGCAGGAGUCUGGGGAAUGGACUGCCAUUCCACAUUUUGAGCUCAGCAGUUGAUGUGCUCGACCUGCUUUCUGGUCACAGAAGACUCUUCCCUACUGAGAUACAGUGCAGCACAUCAAGCUGAAACAGGACAGUCAAACCUACAUGCCUGGCGGGGGGAAAUCAAGGAAAAGAAUGUGUAAAUAUUGCAUUUAAAAUGCUUGGCAUUGAAUGAGGCCCUAAAACAGUUUCUCUGGAGUUUAUUCUUCAUCCUCGCCUCUCCCUCCCCCCUGUUUCUUCCUUUCCCAUUUCUAAGGUUAUUUUUUUGGUCUGAUGAACACAAAAUUGAAGAUCAGUAUUUCUCGGUUUGUGUAGUUGUGCUGAUGGCAGGACACAGCACUGUCAAGGAGCCGGGGGGCAUAAAGUGUUGUGAACUGCAAACCCAGCAUUCUCGGAUUGCAGUCAAGUGUACUAAACAGAGCUUGGAUGGUAGAAAGACACAACACUAACAACCUAACAACAACCAGAAAUUGAUAAGAGAACUGGCCUCCAUUUCUUCCUGGUUAAAGAUGAGGCAUCAACAGGACUCCAAAACAGCAAACCUCCAUACAUUAGAAAAUUGUUCUGCUCACAACCCCACCAGUUGAUGUUUGUCCAGGUUUCUUGCUGUAUUAACUUUGUGAUGGAUCUAUGUAUUAAAUAUAUAUAUAUGUAUAAAACAAAAAGAAGAAGAAGCUGGUUCUUGCCAGUGAACAGGACUUCAAAGCAGUAUUUUUCUUUUACGUGACAUUUUCAUAACCAGAAAGAAAGCAUCCUGAAUACUAAUUAGACAGAUUUAAAAGAGAGAGAGAGUGCAUUUAUUUUUUGGUAUCACUACAAGUAUGUUGGAAUAUGCAAGGACUGUGGUUAAAAAAAAUUAGAAUGUAUGAGGCAUAUGAUAAUUUAGUCCAUUCUGGGGAAGAAGAAAAAAAUCUUAACAAUGCAUUGCUUGGUUCGCAGAUUUGAAUGAAAUCUUGGUUAGAAAUAUAGAUUUUCUAUUUUGUUUUAAUUUGUAAUUUUUCCCUCGCCAUCAAUCUUAGGUACACAUAACUUAUGUCAUUUAUUUAUGGUCUUUUAUACCUAGUUUGUAAAAUUGUAAAAUAGCAAGCUAAAUGCAAAAGUUUGCAUUUGAAAAUAAUAAAGUAGUUGCUGUACAAAUCUCAAA